AUGCCAAGAAAAAGGUCAAAAGUGUGGAAUUUUUUCACCAAAUUGAACAAAGACCAAGGGAGAUGUUUAAAGUGUAAAAAUAAUUUUGAAGCUAAAGGAGGUAACACUAGUAAUUUGAUAAAUCACUUGAGAAUACAUCAUCCCAAUAUUCAUUUGGAGUUUUUAAAUAUAAAGAGUCAAGAUAACAGCUUUAACAAAAAUGAUCUGAAUGAAACUGAUGACAUCAGUGAUCCUCCUUGUGACAUUGGUAAUAAUAGUACAGAACAUCAUGAACUAGUGCCAUUAAAUUCCAGUACAAAUUUAGUUCAUAAAUCUUGUACACUAAAACAACAAUCUAUGAAUAUACAAGCGUCUUAAACGGGUUCUACUGUAUAUAAAAAAUUGGACAAAACAACUAGUGAAAAGUAUACCAAUGCAAUUGCCUAUUGGAUUGCUACAGAUAUGCAACCUUAUAGAUCUGUAUCAAAACAAGGAUUUCAACACCUAAUGUCUGUCAUAUGUCCUGGAUAUACUAUCCCAAGUCGCCAAGUUUUUGCUGAUAACAAAAUUCCUGCUUUAUAUUUUGAGGUAAAACGUAGAAUAAAACAUGAUCUCAACUCUGCACAAUUUUUGUCACUUACAUUUGAUUGUUGGACUUCCAAUGCCCAACAGCCUUACAUUGGCAUAACAGCUCAUACCAUCAAUAGUGAUUGGGUUCUUCAAACAUAUUGUAUGGUUUGCACAAUUCUUGACGUAGACCACACUGCCACUAAUUUAAAAGAUAUUAUUGAAUCUACACUUAAAGAUUGGAAUAUUCCUAUAUCAAAAGUCUCUGCCGCAACUACAGAUAAUGGUACUAAUGUAAUCAAAGCUGUUCAUUCAAACUUACGAAGAUUGCUUCAAGAUGCACAAAGUAAACUCGACCUUCCACAAAAAGUUAUGCCAGCAUCAUGUGUUACAAGAUGGUGGACUAAUCUACCUGCUAUUCAGUUUGUAAGAGAUAAUUAUGAUGCUCUUUAUGAUGUUUUAUUUAAGUUGAAAUCAAGGAAAAUAAAAUAUCUUCCAAACUGCAACGAACAAAAACUUAUUUUGGUGAUGUGCAAAAUUUUUGAACCUCUAAAAACAUUUGGUGAACACAUAGGUGCAGAAAAGAUUGUUACAGCCUCUUCAAUUUGGCCUGUUUAUACAAAACUUGAAAAAACUUUGCUUCACACAAAUGCAUCAAAUUUUACUUGUGCUUUAACACAAGAAGAAUCAACUAGAGCGAAUAGUGAACAUUUUGGGGACAGUGAACAAUUAUUUCCAAUCCUAAGUCAAUGUACACUUAUGGAUAAUGAUAUAAAUUCAUAUUUUAACACUAAUGAUGUUUGUGAAGACAUUAGUGAUGAUGAUGUUGAUUCACAUGUGGAUGGUGUGUAUACAAUUGAUAAUUUAUUAGAUCAUAUUGAAAAUCAUUUAAAGGAUGAUAUAAAAAGACCAUUUCAUAUACGUUACAUUAAUAAAGAAGAAAGUAGAAUGUUUUUACAAAAAAUAUGCUUUUUGGAUCCAAGGUACAAAUCAACAUAUAUUGAUCCAAGCGAUAUAGAUAUUGUCAAAAAUUCAAUUCAACUUGAAAUGGAUGAAAUAGGCAACCAAGCUAAAGGUAAAGAACUCAAGGUCCAGAAAAAUGAUGGAUUAGCAGCAUUUUUGGAAAAUGUUGACUGUCCCGUUAUGAACAAUGUGACCGAUGAAGCCUUAAACCAAAUUGAAUUGGAAAAAUAUGUAUCCUUGCCAUUCAUUUCUCUUGAUGCCGAUCCUCUUCAGUGGUGGAAACUAUAUAAUUCACAAUUGACUACGGUAUCAUUACUAGCAAUGAAGUACUUAUGUAUACCUGGUACCAGUGUGCCUAGUGAAAGGAUAUUUAGAUCAUUACUAUCUCCAGGACAUGCUGAAGAACUUAUUUUUUUAUCAAUGAACUCAAAAUUUAUUUCCAAGUAA